GAAUGUUUCCAAGUGUAAAACAAUCUAAAAUGGCAGCUACUAAAGGUUUCCCUCUUAUCCUAGUUUUAUCAUCUUUGAUAAUAGGACUAUCUCAGGGUCAGAGUACAAUUCCAGUUGUGCCUGGUCUUUCCUACACAUUUUAUUCAUCUAGUUGCCCAGGUUUGGAUUUCAUUAUUAGAGGUCAUCUUUGGCAAAUUUUCCAGAGUGACCUAACCCAAGCUGCUGGUUUGCUCCGCCUUCAUUUCCAUGAUUGCUUCGUUCAGGGAUGUGAUGGUUCAGUACUGCUGGAUGGAUCAGCUAGUGGUCCAAGUGAGAAGGAAGCACCUCCGAAUUUGACCCUCAGGGCCCAAGCUUUUAAGAUCAUAAAUGAUCUACGUGCCCUUGUGCAUCAACAAUGUGGUCGAGUUGUCUCUUGUGCUGAUAUCACUGCGCUUGCUGCUCGUGAGUCAGUUUUUCUGGCCGGUGGACCAUUCUACUGGGUUCCCUUAGGAAGAAGGGACGGUCUAAACUUUGCUACACUAAGCGAUACAUUAGCCAAUCUACCACCUCCUUCUUUUAACACUGGGCAACUCCUUGAUUCAUUAGCCAACAAAAAAUUGAAUGCCACGGAUCUCGUGGCCCUCUCAGGAGGACACACCAUCGGAAUUAGCCAUUGCACAUCUUUUACCGAUAGACUCUACCCUACUCAAGACCCUACAAUGGCCCAAACCUUUGCUAACAACCUUAAGGUCACUUGUCCAACUGCAACCACUAAUGCCACUACCAAUUUGGACAUUCGUACUCCUAAUGUUUUCGACAACAAGUACUAUAUUGACCUUAUGAACCGCCAAGGCUUGUUCACUUCUGAUCAAGAUUUGUAUACUGAUUCAAGGACUAAGGAUAUUGUCACAAGCUUUGCCCUCAACCAGAAUUUGUUCUUUCAGAAGUUCAUCGAUGCAAUGGUUAAAAUGGGCCAACUUAAUGUAUUGACCGGUACACAAGGGGAAAUUCGCGCCAAUUGCUCCGUAAGGAAUGCUAAUAGUAAUCUACAUCUCAAGUCUGUAGUGGAAAUCGAUCAAGAACAACAAACAUUGUCACAGUUUUAAGAACGUACUUGUUCUUGAAUUUUUAAUUAAGUGGAUCGGAUCGAGUUCUACAUUUUAUGAAUGUUUCAUGUUUAUGCGUAAGGAUGUUUAUUGUAUGUGUGUUUUUAUUUCUAUGAAUUAUUAUUGAAUAAGAUGGAUUCUAAUAUCAAUGAAUUUCCAUGUAUUAUAGGGCCAAUACUACUUAUGGUAUACCUUUAUUCUGCCCUA